AUGGAUUUAAUGGAUCCUGUUUCCCUGUUGUUUCUGUUUGGCCUUUUGGUGGCAUUCUUUUUGAAAACAGGCAGUUUCUGGAACACCAGCAAGAAAAAUCUCCCACCAGGACCAAGGCCAUGGCCCCUCAUUGGAAAUCUCCACCUUUUAGAUGUGAAGAGGCCUUACAGAACCCUGUCCCAGUUAUCCAAGAGGUACGGUCCUGUCUUCAGCUUCGAAAUGGGAUUCCAGAAAAUGGUCAUUCUGACGGGCUAUGAGGCGGUAAAGGAGGCUUUGGUGAACCAAGCAGAGGCCUUUGCGGAGAGGCCCAAGCUCCCAGUCUUUGAAAAAAUUAAUAAAGGCUAUGGACUUACAUUUGCUCACGGUGAGAAUUGGAAGGUGAUGCGGCGAUUUGCAUUAACCACCUUGCGUGACUAUGGAAUGGGCAAGAGGACCAUAGAAGACAGGAUUGUUGAAGAAUGCCACUUCCUAAUACGGAAAUUUGAAUCCUACAAAGGAAAACCAUUUGAAACCACUGCAAUCAUGAACGCUGCUGUUUCCAACAUUAUAGUAUCCAUAUUACUUGGCAAGCGAUUUGAGUACGAAGAUCCCACUUUUGUGAGACUACUGAACUUGGUCAACGAAAAUCUCCGGCUUUCCGGAAGUCCCUGCGUCACGCUGUGCAACAUGUUUCCUGCUCUGGGUUUUCUCUCUGGUGGUUACAAGACUGGCCAGAAGAACAUGGAUGAACUGCACGCCUUCAUACAGGCCACCUUCAUAGAAUACCUGAAAAAACUGGAUGUAAACGACCAGAGGAGCUUUAUUGAUGCUUUUCUAAUCCGACAGCAAGAGGAGAAGAAUAAGAAUCGGAGCAAUGAAUUUUUCCAUAAUAAAAACCUAAGGAGUGUUGUGGGUAAUUUAUUUAGUGCUGGCACAGAGACCACUUCGACUACCUUGCGAUGGGGCCUGUUGCUGAUGAUGAAGUAUCCUGAAAUUCAGAAUAAGGUCCAAGAAGAAAUCACAACAGUGAUUGGGUCUGCCCAGCCUCAGAUUGAACACCGAUCAAAAAUGCCGUAUACCGAUGCGGUAAUCCAUGAAGUUCAGAGGUUUGCUAACAUUGUACCUAUGAAUCUGCCACAUGCCACCACUGCGGACGUCACUCUGAAAGGCUAUUUCAUUCCAAAGGGAACCCAUAUUGUCCCACUACUGUACUCAGUGCUGUGCGAUGAAUCACAAUGGGAGAAACCAUAUCACUUCUAUCCUCAGCACUUCCUUGAUUCCGAAGAAAAGUUUGUCAAGAAGGAUGCUUUCCUGCCUUUCUCCGCAGGUCGGCGAGUGUGUGCUGGAGAGACCCUGGCCAGAAUGGAGCUCUUCCUCUUCUUUACGAGUCUCCUGCAGAGAUUCACCUUCCAGCCAGCCCCUGGGAUGUCUAAAGAAGACCUGGACCUCACCCCUGCAGUUGGGCUCACGACACCUCCGAUGGCCUUCGAUUUGUGUGCUUUGCCACGUUCUUAA